CCUACAAUGACAAAUAUUGAUGUUUUUUUUUUCUUCACUUUUUUUUUUAUCGAACAAUCAAAAUUAUCUUUUUCUUCUUCCUCUUUGUCUAAGCUACUUUGAAAAGUCCCCAGCGAAUUCACAUCGGAAAAGUCUAUAAGAGAUCGAUGGCGGUGCGAGUUGGAAAGGGAAGUUCGCCGUCGAUGGAUUCUCUGGUUCUCAAGCCGCUCGUUGUGGUUCCUCACCGCCACCGCCACCACCACGGCAGUGUCCUCGGCCGUUGUUGGCGGCCGCCGGUGCGUCUCGUCCGUCUGCCCGCCUCGGUCACAGUGGCGUCGAUCGGAGCCUUGGCAGCGAAAUCCUUGCCGAAUAGCAAUGGUGAAUACACAGUUGGCGAUUUUAUGACCCGAAAGGAAAAUCUUCUCGCAGUGAAGCCCUACACUUCGGUAGAUGAAGCACUGGAACUGUUGGUGAAGAACAGGAUCAGUGGCUUUCCUGUGAUCGAUGACGACUGGAAAUUGGUAGGAGUGGUCUCGGAUUAUGAUUUGUUGGCAUUGGACUCCAUUUCAGGAAGUGGACGGACCGAGAUAAGCAUGUUUCCUGAGGUCGAUAGUUCAUGGAAAACAUUCAAUGAGAUCCAGAAACUAUUGAGCAAGACCAAUGGUCAAGUCGUCGGCGAGGUGAUGACUCGCACCCCUCUUGCUGUUCGCGAAUCAACCGACCUUGAAGAUGCCGCAAGGCUAUUGCUCAAAACAAAGUACAGAAGAUUUCCAGUCGUCGACGGCAAUGGCAAAGUGGUUGGGAUUAUUACGAGGGGGACCGUAGUUAGAGCUGCGUUGCGGAUCAAGCAUAGAACCAACAAGAACACUUAAUGGAUGGAUAUAUGUACUCUGCAAUCCAAGUUUCAUAUGAGACUUGAUAUAGUGACACUUUUUAUGAGAUUCGAUUAUACGUUGUAGAAACUCCUAAAUAAUUGAUUAUUCACAAAAUUAAUGAUCUA